AUGCUGAGCCAGCUGUGCCUGAUCCUCUUCUCUCUUGGGUGCUCCAUUGCUGGAACCCCAGCACCUGUGCCUGAGGAUGCGCUGGUGGGCAUCGUGGGGGGCUAUAGUGCCCCACAGGGGAAGUGGCCAUGGCAGGUCAGCCUGAGGAUCUAUAGCUACUACUGGGCCUGCUGGGUGCACAUCUGUGGGGGCUCCAUCAUCCAUCCACAGUUGGUGCUGACUGCUGCUCACUGCAUUCGUGAGAGAGAUGCCGACCCAUCAGCCUUUCGGAUCCACGCUGGGGAGGUGUACCUCUAUGGGGGCAAGGAGCUGCCGAGUGUGAGCCACGUCAUCGUCCACCCAGACUUCGUCCAAGCUGGCUUGGGUUCAGAUGUGGCUCUGCUCCAGCUGGCAGAGUCUGUACAACACUUUCCUAAUGUCAAGCCAGUCAAGCUGUCCUCUGAGUCUCUUGAGGUCACCAAGAAGGAUGUGUGCUGGGCGACCGGCUGGGGUGCAGUGAGCACAUACAGGAAGUGAUUGUUGCCUCCUCCCUACUGCCUGCGGGAGGUGCAGGUAAAGACAGUGGACAACGCCCUUUGUGAGGAGCUGUACCACAAUGCCACCAAGCACUGCAAUCAUGGCCAGAGACUGAUCCUGCAGGACAUGCUAUGUGCAGGCAGCCAGGGCCAGGACUCCUGCUAUGGUGACUCAGGUGGUCCUCUGGACUGCAAUAUGACGGGCUCAUGGAUCCUGGUGGGAGUGGUGAGCUGGGGCUAUGGCUGUGCCCUGAGGGACAUCCCUGGGGUCUACUCACGUGUGCAGUCCUUCCUGCCCUGGCAGAUGCAGAGAUUCUCCCAAGCCCAGCUGCGUGGCCGUCAGCUGAGGAUGAGUCGGCUUUGGUCAUGGUACCAGAGUGGACGGCCAGGGUUUAGGCUCUGGGGUGUAGGCGCUCAGGGCACUGAGCGCUAG